UUCCCUUCAUUUUUUUAUUCCUUUUUUAACAUGUCUGAUAAAAACAGAAAGUCCUCUCAAUUUAUACCUAGCUGGCCUAAUUCCCAUGCUCCAAAAGCUACACCCGAAAGUACGAAGACCUCCUCCAUUCAUGAGGAAUCUCUAGAACUUGUCUCAUUCAAUGACUUACAGCAGGGUGAACUGUAUAUCAUAAAAAUAAAAUUAAUUGCCAUUGCCUUAUUUCAAGGCUGGGACGAUGAAAUGUGUUGCUUCUCUAUUCUUCGUACAGAUUUAUUAGAAGACUUAAGAUGGUCCGAAGCCAGAUACUUGCCCGAAAAUUUUGACGCCUACCUUGCCUUCGAUUAUGCGGGAAAUCCGCCUAUUCAUCUUUGGACAAAGCAUUUGCGUGCGGUCAUUCCAAUCAAUUGGUUUAACAUUUUUGAAGAAGCCAGACAUAUGCAAAGGCAAUGGAACGUCACAUUCUGGGAUCCACCUUCCAUAGUAUCAGAAUCUAACAACAGACGAUUCUAUAACUUAAUCGAUACAACAGUACCAGAAAACGAUGAAGAGUCGGCUCUCGAUGAAGUUAUUCAUACUGAAACAAAGACCGAACAAAAUGAUGAUGAUCAGCAAUGCGAUGAAGAUGAUUAUCUUCAAGAUGGCACAGUGAUCGGGAACGAAGUGGCACUAAAAGAAAAUAGGUACUACACAUCUCAGCAGAAGGUAUUACCUGCAACUAGUUUAUUAUUAUCCGAAUCCCCGAUUAGUGAUGUGCCUGCCGAUAAAACUACUCCAGCCAUGCGGUUACAGAACCAAUAUAAUAUAAAGUCUGCUGUAACACAGCAACCGGAGAAAGAUCUAAAGCAAUUACAACAACAAAAACAACAACAACAACAACAAACAAAUGACAGCACUAUUGACAGUGCAUCAAUUGUAGUCAGACCAGAAAUAAAACAGAGAAGAUCAUUUACAUCAUUCUUUUUAAAAAAGAAAAAGUCAAAGAAAUCAUUAAAUGGUACCGAAGAUAGCACCACCAAAAAAGACACUAAAAGAAAAAGCGCUCCCACUACGCCAACUUUAAAUGAAAAACAUUAUACUAAGCCUUCUGCCAUUGAGUUAUCCGACACUUUUGAAAAGCUGACUCGAGAAUUAAGUAAGGAAAACAAAACACCGGUCCUUACAGCAAGUGCAAGUUCCAGCACCAAAAAUCAUGGAUCAUCAUCAUCAUCGCCAUCACCAAUACUAAAGACACCAAAAAAUGAAGAAGUAACCAAUGACGUCAAGGUUGAGCUAUUUGAUAUAGAUAGCUAUUUUGAUAUGCAAGCAACAUUUGCCUUCUUGAAUAGCUCCAAAACAGACACAUUUGCUCUAAUGGACAAUAAGAAAGCAUCAGUUACCAAUUAAUUUUUUGUUUUAAAAACGUUUAGAAACAUAACUUCAUUUGAAAUCAUUAUUCCCCUCAACUAUACAAUAAACAUAUGUAAUACUCAGCUCAUCAUAAAUCAUACAUAACUAAAACCGAUCGUCAUUUCUCCUUUCGUGUAAUUAAGAACUAACUGUACGAACACCUGUUACACAUAAUAUAGUGCCCCGUUUUCCUCUUCUAGGUGUACAUGUACAUGUGCAUUUUAUUGUGUUUGAUCAUUGAUCUCCAGUUUUUUUUUUUCGUUGCCGAUAACUCCAAAGUCAUACAAAAUUCGCUUUUAGUCUUCAGCUAAAAUAAACAAAAUCUUGUUUUGCAUACCGUUACACUUAAAUCAGAGUUAUUUGUUCACUGUUACGAAAAAAUCGUUCAAAAAUGAAAUGAAAAAUCGUUCAAAAUAAAAUAAAAUAUCAUUCAAGGAUGGAAAUAAAAAUGGGUAUAAAAAAAUUA